CCGAUUCAUUGCAACACAGCGAAAGAACCAGGUCCCGAUCCGGCGCGCAAAAGAACCAGGGCCCCAAAGCCGUCACUUCAAACCAGCAACCGUUGCUGACCGUCGAGCUCGAAAAUGGAGGAGGCAAAAGCCGCGGCGUACUACGAGGAGUUGACUCGGCGCGGCGAAGGAGCUGCCAGAUUCAAGCAAGGCCUGGGCUUCUCUUCUGCAAGCACAGAUUCCGAAAACCCCCCUGCGCGCGGUUCAGCGCUGCCUUAUUCGUCGUCUUCCUUCCUCAACAAGUUCGUCAAGGCCUCUAGCCCCAAAAAGGAGUCGGAGCUCCAAAAGCAAGCCCAAAUCGAGUACAUACAGAACAAGCUCAAGAGGAAGAAGCCCGACCUGGCCGAAGAAGAAGAGAAACAACCACCUAGGGUUUCGCAUAGAGAAAGUAAGCAUUCGAGGAAGCGAAGCAGGAGCAGGAUUAGGAGCAGAGAAAGGCAUUCGAGGCGGCGAAGUAGGAGCAGAGAGAGACAUAGAGAUAGAGAUAGGGAUAGGGAUAGGGAUAGAGAUAGAGAGAGAAGGAGGAGGAGAAGUAGGUCUGGGAGCGAUUUGGAUGGAGGUAGAAGACGAAGAGGGAGGAGCCGGAGUCGAAGUCGGUCACCUCGGGAUCGGAGAAAGGAGCGAAGGAGUCGGAGCUCGUCGCCGAGAGAGAGGGGUUUGGAGAAGAGCAAGGGUAAAAUGGGGAAGGAGAGAAAUGGUGCUGCUGAUUAUUCGAAGUUGAUUCAAGGCUAUGAUAAAAUGUCAGCAGCCGAGAGAGUCAAAGCGAAGAUGAAAUUUCAACUUGCUGAAACUGCUGAGAAGGAUACGACGAAGGGCAUGGGCUCUGGUUGGGAAAGAUUUGAAUUCAACAAAGAUGCACCACUUGAUGAUGAGGAAGUUGAAGUUGCUGAAGAUGAUGCAGCAUUAGUUAAGCACAUUGGGAGAAGCUUUCGGUUUUCUGCGAUUGAGAACAAAAGGGAGGAGAAGAUCAAAACUGCUCAUGAUGAGGCUAUGUUUGGUUCAUCAGAUAAUCCACCAUCCAUUAUGAUAGAUAGUGAGGUUGAGGCAGAGAACGAUAUAAAGGACAGCAAAGAAAGUGAACCUACAAGCUUAUUGAGUGAUAAGGUACUUGCGAAAAAACAAGGCUCAUGGCGUGACCGUAUACGUGACAAAAGGAAUUGACAUGGAUGGCUUCGGCUAGGUCUUUUCUUUUCCAGUGCAUAUUUUGGAUGUAGAUAUCACCAUGACCUGAUUUUAGUCAUAAGCAAGUUGAUGGUUGGGGUCAGAUACGCUGAUCAAAUGGAUGGACAUGGAUUCAUUUAACAUUCUGAUACUAUGAUUUCGGUUUUCAUGCGAACUUACGCGGGGGAGGAAGUGAUAAUGGAGGAGAUGCAUUGAAAUUAGCAUGAAGAAGCUUCCACUCCGAUGAAACUGCGCAUGCCCAAGAAUAGCCAAUGCCCUAUCAAUUAUGCUUCUUGUGCUCAAAACUCAAAAGCGGCACAGAGAUUCCAAAAGUUCAUGCUCCUUGGCAGAAAGUUGUGUUUCUCAUUAAUAUCAUUUGAAUUUUCUGGUCUUA